AGCCUCGGCGGGAGGAGGAGGAGGAGGAGAAGGAGGCGGCGGCGGGCUCGGCUGCCCCGCUGGGGAAUGGCGGCGGCGGUCCCUGUGAGGCGCUGAGGCGGCGGCUGCCAUGUUGGUGUGCGACGGCUGCGGGCGGGCGCUGCCCUGCGAGGCGGCGCGGCGGCAUCCCCGCUGCUCGCCCUGCCAGCGGCUCUGGCGCCACUCGGCAGCGGCCCGGCCGGAGGCGGCGGGGAGGGAGCCGGGAGCGCACGGGUGGAGGCUGCUGGGUGCCCCCGCGGCGGACACGGGAAAUGGUGAACAGCUAUACGAAUGUCCCAUAUGCAGUCUUACCUGUACAAACCUUCAGUUUCUUGAAGAACAUGUGGAUUUACACCUAGAGGAACAUAGCUUUUCAGAAGGUGGAAACAUGAGAGAUCUAGAACUGGCUCAACAGCUCCAACAUGAAGAAGAUAAACAGCAGAGGCUCGAAGAAGAAAAGCGGGAGAAGGAAGAAUUUAAAAAGCUACAGAGGCAGUAUGGCUUGGAUAGUUCUGGAGGCUACAAGCAACAAUUCCUAAAGAACAUGGAAAGGGAAGUUGAUAGAGGAAGGAUGCACCCUUUUGAAUAUCACAAGAGAAAAGCUGACAUGAUGGAAAGUUUGGCUGUCGGUAUAGAUGAUGGGAAAACAAAAACCUCAGGAGUAAUUGAAGCAUUGUGCAAGUACUAUCAGAAUGAAAACAAAGAUGUGAGACGUGUUUGGCUUUCAGCAGGAGUAGAUCACUUCCACUCAUCUUUGGGUGACAAAGGCUGGGGUUGUGGUUACAGGAAUUUCCAAAUGCUCCUUUCCUCACUGCUGCAAAACAGCUUGUAUAAUGACUGCUUGAGAGAUACUGCACUAAUUCCUAGUAUACCGAAGAUUCAGUCCAUGAUUGAAGAUGCCUGGAAAGAAGGCUUUGAUCCUCAUGGGGCAUCUCACUUCAACAACAGAUUACGUGGUUCCAAGGCAUGGAUAGGAGCAUGUGAAAUUUAUUCACUGUUAACCAGUCUCAGGAUAAAGUGUCAAAUUAUUGACUUUCACAAACCGACUGGUCCAGCGGGUACGCACCCUCGUUUGUUUGAGUGGAUUUUGCGUUACUAUUCUACAGAUAAUGAAGGUGCUACAAAGGUAGUGUGUACUUCCAGACCGCCUAUCUACUUGCAGCAUCAAGGUCACAGUCGUACUGUUGUUGGAAUAGAAGAGAAGAAAAAUAAAACCUUAUGUUUACUACUGUUUGACCCGGGAUGUCCUUCUCAAGAAAUGCAGAAACUCUUAAAACAAAGCACCGAUGGUACUGGUCUCAAACUACUUCGGAGAUUUGUGGGUGGCUUAAAAGAAAAGCAGUACCAGAUAGUUGCUGUAGAUGGCAUCCUCACACUGGAAGAGAAAACAGCUCUCUGCCAUGCUUCUCGGGUCUUAACAUCAGAGAAGAUUCCUUAAAGGAUGCCUUUACUACCUCUUCCUAGGAAUCUGUUGGAUGUGAAAUAUUAAAUGGGUGGACUGUGACCCUAACUUAACAUUUUCUAGACUUAAAUUAUGCCCUGAACUAAGUUUCAGGGGCCCUGGAAAAGCACAACACUGGCGUUAACCUGUAGUUUUGAUCUUCAGUCAAAACACUUCUGUCCAGAUGAAUCUGUAACUCUUCAGUUUUAGUUCUUACCUUAGUAGAAAACUGGGUAUUUUCUUAGUUGCUUAAAUUGCAAAUUAAUACCCACCUUCCUGUACCAAACUAUUUAGCAUAGUUCACUGUCAAUAAGUAGUGGGUAAACAUACCUUUUUUUAAAAAGCUACCUUUUUUUUGGAGUGCCUGUUGAAAUUUACCUCUGUAAAUAUAUUUAUACCACCUCUA